GUGGACGAGCCGGAUAACGACAACGCCCUCCGCGACGACUUCAGCUUCAGCAGCAGUGCCCUCAUCGGGCUCCUGGUGAUCGCCGUUGCCAUAGCUACUGUCAUAGUCAUCAGCCUGGUGAUGCUGAGGAAGCGGCAGUACGGGACCAUCAGCCACGGCAUCGUGGAGGUUGACCCGAUGCUCACCCCCGAAGAGCGGCAUCUGAGCAAGAUGCAAAACCACGGCUACGAGAACCCCACUUACAAAUACCUGGAGCAGAUGCAGAUAUAAAAGAGAUGAAGAUGCAGUGGCCCUGAUCAGAAAACGAGCAGGGUGGGAGGGCCAAAGUGGUCCAGCGUUUUGGAUCGACUACUGACCAACAGUUGCUUCGAGAGGACUUCAUCUUACAUUCAGAACUCCUGGAUCAUUAAGACUAUAAUUACUACUGUAGAGUUGCAAUUUCCAUUCUUUUAAAUGGGUGAAGAAAUGAUAAUAUAACAAUAUGAUAUAUAAAUCUCCUUUAAAUGGGAAAAAAUGGAUCUAUUGCAGAUAUUUGACUGAGAUGUAGUUUUCUUUUUUUUUUUCUUUUUUUUUUUAUCUGAAGAAUACCAGUUCCGUUGUACUGUUGUCUGAUACAAGCUCUAUAUAUAUAAUGGGAAAUGUUGAUUUUUAUUUCUGAUAGACCACCUGUACAUUGAGGGUCCUUUGUACCAGCCCGCCUUGUAAAAAGGAGACAGUUGUGGCUCUUCGGUCAUUCUGGCUUUUAUAUAUGAAGCAGUAUUUUUGUUUUUCCUUUUUUUUUUUUUUAAGUGACUUUUGCUGGGAGUUGCAAAGAGAUUAAUUUAGGGUUAGGAACUCUGAAAGCGUAAGCGAGGAAGCAAUUUGGAAUGAUAACUAAUGAAACAAAAUCGUUAUAACAAAAAAAAAAAGGAAAAAAAAAGAGAAAAAAUCCCCAUCCUCAUAUGCCAGUGGUGUGCGCCCUGCUGCUUGGCAGUGUGGGCUCUUGGAAUCCAGACUCCCUGAAGGCGAGGAGUUAAAAGGCUUCUAGCAUCUCUGUUUAUAGCUCUUCUAGUGGAAUGUUAGAGCAUGGUUUGUGCAUACUGGGGUCUGCACACUCCCCUUUCAGAUUCAGUUCAGCUCUAGAGUUGGAAGUUCCUGGUAAUGAAUUUAAAUCCUCCGAUCGGAACCGGUUUCCUUCAGUACUCACCUGGCAUUAACGGCCCCCUCUUGCUACUACUUUCUAAUUUUCCCCGGCUCUCCUGCCUCGCCGACGUGGUAAGUAGUUAGAGACGCGAUUUUCUGGAACCUCUGCGUCUCUUGCAGGGUCGUUGGGCCCUAGACCUGGUUUUGGGGCGUUUGCCCAGAAACGACAAAUCAUCGCCGUAACCGGAACUUUGGGAGCCGACGAACACGGAGUUUGCUUUAUCCGGGGAGAGAAAAAGAGGGCUAAUUUGGGACAGGGAUACUGCCUGCUUUAAGGAAAUUGGAUGCGUAGGCCCCGAGAAGAACAAAUUGGGUAUUAUUCCACUCACCAUCAUGUCUUUGUAAUGCUUGUAUAGUUGGUGUUAAUGCUCACGGCUUUUUUAAAUCUGGAGGUUCUGGUAACCUGUGGUGUAUUUUUUCUAUUUUUCCUGUGACUUUACUUUCUUUCUCCUUCCAUGUCUCUUCCCACUAUGCACAGAUUUACCUGCAAACUCCUUAGUGUGGUCUGUGGGGAAUGUACAAAGUUUAAACACAUCAAUAAACACUUUAACUUCCA